UGUGUCUGUGUGUGUGCGCGCGGCGCGGCGCGUGUGGAGUUGUGUGAGUGUGCUGCUUGCUGCUGGUCGCGAUGGAGGCUGCGGGGCCGGUACUCGUCCUCCUGCUUGUCGCGGUUUGUUCCACGGUCCAGGAUGUGGCCGCGGCCGGGGAUUCGGAGUUGCUGCUGCUCAGCGUGGCGUCCGAGCCCACCGACGGCUUCCAGAGGUUCGAGAGGUCCGCCCGCAUCAACAAUGUGCCGAUGAAGGUUCUCGGUAUGGGCCAGAAAUGGGUUGGCGGAGAUAUGCGGUAUCCUGGCGGUGGCUACAAAAUCAACCUGCUCAAGGAGGAGCUUGAGAAGUACAAGGAUGAUUCGAAACAAAUCAUCAUGUUUACUGAUGCGUUUGAUGUAAUAAUUUUAGACAGUGCUGACCGCAUCAUAAAGCAGUUCCGCAACUUUGAUGCUCGUAUUGUGUUUUCUGCUGAGGGUUUCUGUUGGCCAGAUGAAACCUUAGCAUCCCAGUACCCUACUGUGGCCCGUGGGAAACGAUUUUUAAACUCAGGAGGUUUUAUUGGGUAUGCACCUGAAUUAUAUAAAUUAGUGACUGCUAAAGAAGUUAAAGAUACAGAUGAUGACCAACUGUAUUACACCAACAUGUUCCUUGACCCAGAAAUGCGUAAACAGUUGAAUAUUAAAUUAGAUCACCGUUCCACAUUGUUCCAAAAUCUUAAUGGAGCUCUUGCUGAUGUUGAGCUGCGUCUGGAGGCUGAAAAUUCAUACAUCAAAAAUACAGCCUAUGCUACAGUGCCUCUAGUUGUUCAUGGUAACGGGCCCAGCAAAUCAGUUGUGAAUGCUCUGGGUAACUAUGUAGCCAAAAGCUGGAGCUUACAGGAUGGCUGCUAUUCAUGUAAUGAAAACAGCAUUGAUUUGUCAAAGAAGAAGGACUCAGAGCUCCCUUCUGUUGUGAUAGCUGUUUUUAUUCAGCAACCUACUCCAUUCCUUGAGGAUUUCUUUGAAAAGAUUCUGAAACAAGAUUAUCCCAAGAAGCGUAUGUUCCUGUUUGUUCACAAUGAUGUUGAGUACCACUCACCACUGGUGCAGGAAUUUUUGAAAGACCAUGGGCCAAGUUACAAAGGAGUUAAGUCAAUUGACUAUGAUGACAAGGCUAUGAAAGGGGAAGCUCGUGAGCUGGCAAUGGACUACUGUGUCCAGAGAGGUUGUGAUGCUUAUCUGAAUAUUGACUCGGAAGCACACUUGGAUAACACCAAAGCACUCCGUUUGUUACUGGAAACAAAUCGUGGGGUUGUUGCUCCAAUGCUGACUCGGCCCUUCAAAGCUUGGUCUAACUUUUGGGGAGCUCUCAGCACUGAUGGUUUCUACGCAAGAUCUACCGACUAUAUGGAAAUAGUUAACAAUGAACGCCGGGGCCUGUGGAAUGUGCCGUACAUCAGCAGCUGUUAUUUGGUGAAUGCAACUUUGUUGGCGGACCGAGAGGCCAGGGCCUCCUACCACCAUGACUCUCUAGACCCUGACAUGGCAUACUGCCACAAUCUGAGGGAAAAGGGAAAUUUCAUGUUUGUGUCUAAUCUUCAUGACUUUGGACACUUGGUGAAUACAGAGAACUUUGACACAACACGCAAACAUCCUGACUUUUAUUCUCUACUUGACAAUCGUUGGGACUGGGAGCAUCGUUAUAUUCAUCCUGACUAUGCUAACGCCCUUGAUCCCAACACUACGCCUCUGCAGCCAUGUCCAGAUGUUUAUUGGUUGCCUAUUGUCUCCCCUCGUUUCUGCGAUGAGUUGGUUGCAAUUAUGGAAAACCAUGGAAAGUGGUCUGAUGGUUCAAACAAGGAUGAGCGUUUGGCAGGUGGAUAUGAAAAUGUCCCCACUAGGGACAUUCACAUGAAUCAGGUUGGGUUUGAACCCCAAUGGAUGGAAUUCCUGAAGUCUUAUGUAAAGCCACUAGUGGAGAAAAUUUUCACAGGUUACAGCAACGAAACUCCUCGAGCAAUCAUGAACUUUGUUGUACGAUACCGCCCUGAUGAGCAGCCCUCCCUCAGACCUCAUCAUGACUCAUCCACAUAUACAAUCAACAUUGCUUUGAAUACACCAGAAGUAGAUUAUCAGGGUGGUGGCUGCCGCUUCCUGCGAUACAAUUGUAGUGUUUCAAAAACGCGACUUGGUUGGAUGCUAAUGCACCCAGGGCGACUUACUCAUUUCCAUGAAGGGCUUCCAGUUACAAAUGGAACCCGCUAUAUAAUGAUUUCAUUUGUAGACCCCUAGACUUUUCCAGGAUUGUUACUUUCUGGAAAAAUUCUAGGGUGCCAAUAUGAACUUGGAGAUUAUCCUAGUGAGACUGAUUCCAUGAGAACUUAAAGCAUGUGUAUUUUAGGAAAUUUUCUUUUAGAAAGACCAUAUACUAGUCACAAAAUCACUCCCAAAAAGAAUCUCAUUUUAAUUUGUUCCUUGCAUUCUCGACCAGAAUAUUUUUCCAACAUGUAAAAGUGUUUUUGUGGGGCAAGUACUGUUUUGUGACUUGAAUAUAACUGCUCCA